AUCCAAACACGGGGAGCACGCACCAUUCUGCUAUCAGAACUUCCGAAUUUCGCCGACGAUACGGUGACAUGUAUGUGAAUUUUAUCGAUGCAAGGUCACUACAACCACCGUUCUUCACUGACUAAUGUAAAGCGUCAAACGUCACUACUACGUCACGAGACAUCGCUGGGGUUCGUUUACCUCAUUGGUGCUGACGUAGGCACUCAGCUGCAGCCUAUGAUAUUGCUCGGAGGGAAAAUGCCGCGAAAUUCUUCGCGUCGGAAACAAGCGCUAGAGGUAGUGGAGGGUAAGUGACUAGUCGUGCUGACUGCUGAGGACCUAGCGGGUGCAGCUGGAAGGGCUCGACAGAGUGACUCUGUUUUCGUCACAGUUUAGUAGAUAACUGACACGUGACACAAAAUGAGCAUGGAGAACCCAGCUACACCGCAGGUGGCGAAUGCCUCACUGCAGCGGCGAGCCACGCGCAGUGCCCUGGCAGAAAUCCCGGCACGACUCGGGCUGCUGACCGUCGAUGAGAACGGCCGCACAGAGGGGGCCACAGCUGCAGCUACUGUGGUCGGAACACUGACACCCAACACAUGGGCCCUGAACGUCAACGUGCAGCUGCCAUCAUCCUACAUGAGCCCCGCUCCAUCACCAGACGAGCUGGUGAUCCAGCAGCGGGGACGGCGCCGGGGUCCCGUCAACUGGAGCCCCGACCUCGACGCGCACAAGCGGGAGGGCAUCCCGAUGGGUGCGCGCACACCCAGCCCCGUCAAGUCCAACAUUGUCCUGCGGUCGACACCCCGCAAGAGACUCAUGCUCUCAGACCCGAAGGAGCUUUUCACGACACCUGAAAAGAUGCGCAAGCUGUCACCGUCACUGAAGGGGUCACCUGGUGUGAAGAAGGGCCGUGUCGAGAAACCGACUGUGACAUACAACGGCCCUAUACAGCUGGGGCUGAAAGGACUGUCUCAAGAGCAGCUCAUCGGCAUGGUACAGUCACUCAUCGACAGACACCCGAACCUGGAAGAUGAAGUCAGGGAUAUUAUGCCAGGUCCUGAUCUGCGACCCCUUGAAGAGCAAUUGUCGUAUUUGAAGAAAAACAUAUUCAAAUCACUGCCGACCUCUCGCCUCACAUCAAAGACUGAUUCACCUGCUUACAGCAGGGCAGCUGUACAUCUUGCUGCCUUCAAGAAAUUUGUCUUGGAGCAAGGCCGGCAGCUGGUGGAGAGCUGCCACUGGGAGGCGGUUGUGGACUACGUGUGCCUGGCGUGGGCAUACGUGAGGGCGACGCCACUCUGGGACAACCCGCCGCACAACGCGACGCGCAAGCAGUGCUUCAAAUCUCUGGUCGCCCAGUGCAUGGCGGCCAUCAAGAGGGGACAGUGGACGCCCCAGCAGUGUGACGCAAUGGUGAACAGAUUAUCGGGAUUUACUGCUGACAGUGAAGACAUGGAAAUGUGUAUAAAACAGCUGGAUGCCAUGCACAGGAAAUGAAAACACGUAUCUUCUUCCUAAUGUAAGACUGAGUAAAGUUGAAGUGCAGUAGUUGUAUGAACAAAGCUGCGUUUGUCAGACUGUGUAUAUAGUAUGGUCAUAAUUAUUAUGACUGACUGCCAAGUUUUGUGGUAUUUGUAGCAAGAUCUUGUACAGAUAUGUUUGUAAAAUUGGUGUGUAGUAAAUGCUGACUGAAUGAACCAUAGUACUGGUUUUGUUCUUUUGUGAUUAAUCUUUUUAGCAUAUGCAAUAUGCUUAAGUCUCAUUUAAUGUCAAUAGUAGUUUAGACAGUUUAGUGUUGACCAAGGAUAAUAUUACUCAUGGUUCUUGUAUCUGCUUUUAUUUGAAACAAUGGAAAUACUUCCCAUUUUGUAUCGAAGUUGUUGGUGAAAUCAGUUGUAAAAAUGUCAAGGUUUAAAACUGCCAGUGACAGUAUGCCAGGAAUCACAGCACAUUAAAGCCACAUCAAGAAUACAGUUUGCUCUGAUCCUUAAAUAAUAUAUUUGUUUUAAACUCCCUUUCUACGUAUGUGUAUAAUACAGGUUAGUCACUGGUUAAAGUGUCUUCACAUGGCAAUUUUUAUAAUGUGGUAUUUUUCUGGAUUGUAGAAAAGUUGCAGUUGUAUUUAGUAUUGCUCUUAAGAUUUUUGCAUAUGUAUCGUGUAGCUAGACGUUUUAUAUGGAUUUUUUGCAUAAUGCAUAAGCAUUUUCUCUUAAUCCUGACAUGGCAAUCGGAAAAUUUAGCAUUUUUUAUUGGUUUUUGUGCCUAUUUUCGGCAUACGUUUAAUAGAAUCUUUUUUAAAUAUGGAUUGAAUUUCUUAGUGUUGUUGGCAGUUGGGAUAAUUGAUGUUUGUUUUGUAUUCAUUUUCAUUGCUGUUUACAGUUAAAUCAGGUGUAUCCAAAUUUCGUAUGUGUUCACUUAAAAUGGAAAUUGUAGUCGGAUAAGUGGUUGUAAAGAAUUAUUAUUUAUAUUAUUUGUGUU